AUGAAGUGCGUAUCUCUCCUCCUCGUGGCAGUGCUCGUCAGCCGUCUUGCUAACUCGGCCCACGGCCAGGCGGCCUGCAGCCGCCCAGGCUCUCUGGACUGGCAUCCCCAGCCGCGGACAGUCCAGGUCAAGUGGACGCUCACUGAGAGCCUGUGCUCGGACCAGGCCCAGUGUUGGGCGGUCCAGGGCCAGCACGCCGCCGGGACGCCGGCUGACGGCUUCCCCCAGCUGUGCCCUCUGGAGCUGCAGCGUGGAGACACACUGCUGGUGUCCACCGACGCGAGCCUGGAGGCGUACGGCCUCGUCCUCCUCAACGUGUCCGCGGACGACUUCCGGAGCUGCUCGACUCCGUCGAAAGGUCAGGCGUUGUUUACCGACAGCCUGACUGGGAGGAAGCGGGUCGAACCGCGGUGGCUUGUCCCCGGCAAUCGUUAUUUCGUGGCUCUGCACGAGGGGAACCCCGAGCUGUGCAGGCUGGGACUGCGGCUCAACGUGACGGUGAAGGAGAACCUGUGUCAGAGCUCCCCCCUGGUGAGGCUGUGCUCGGGGAGCGGCGCGUGCCGGACAGGACCGGGGGAGGAUGCCUACCGCUGUCGAUGCCACCUGAACCACACGGGGCCGUUCUGCGAGACGUUCGACGCCUGUUUGAACAACCCGUGUGUCAACAAGGGGGUGUGUUUGAGCCAUGCCUCCACCGAUCCAGGUCACCGAGCGUACAUCUGUUUGUGUCCUCCAAACUUUACGGGGGUUAACUGUUCUGAAGUGAUUGGCCAGGAGACCUGCAACAGGGCUUGUCAAAAUGGAACCUGCCUCAAUGUGUCCUCCAAUACCUUCAGAUGUUCGUGCAACACUGGGUUCUCUGGUCCCCCUUGUGAGAAGAUGCGGGGGUGCAACCCGGACCCGUGCAGGAACGGAGGCCGAUGCACGGAGAGCGCCGGAGGGUUCUCCUGUCUCUGUCCGGAGGGCUUCACGGGCCCGGACUGUGACACCCCGCUCCACGACCCCUGCGCGACCUACGGAUGUCCGUCCGAGAGGACUUGCUCAGCGGGGGAGCAUGGCCCGGGCUGCGUCUGCCCAGACGGGCCGUCCGGGGCGCAGUGCAGGAGGCUGCGGGGCCCGUGCAGCCUGUCUCCGUGUCUCAACAACGGCAGCUGUGUCGCCCUGGGAGACGAUUACGCCUGCAGAUGUCUUCCGGGGUUUUCCGGGACGAGCUGUGAGAGUGUAAUUGACUUCUGCGGCCUGCUCAGUAUCAACUGUCUGCACGAAGGAGUGUGCCUCAGUGUAAUUGGCGGGUAUAAUUGUCUCUGCUCCCCUGGGUGGACCGGAGAGUUCUGCCAGUAUGUGGACGACGCCUGUCGGAUCUUCCCUGACCGCUGUCAACACGGCGCCGCCUGCCUCACCACCAGCCAACCAGACGCUGCGCCGCAAUACAGGUGCAUCUGUCGCCAUGGCUACACAGGGCAGCACUGCGAGACGGACGUCGACGAGUGCGCGUCGAUGCCCUGCCAGCACAACGGCACCUGCACCGACGGCCUGGGCUUCUACACCUGCACGUGUCCACCAGGGUUCCUGGGGAGCAGCUGUGAGGUGGAUGUGGACGCCUGUCUGCUCCCCAACGCCUCCUGCCCGGCUGACGCCCGGUGUCUGGACCUGCCUGACGGACUCAGACACGCCUGCCGACGGCCCUGCCCCCCUAACAUACAGCCGUGUGCCAACGAGGGUCGCUGCGUGCUGAGCGACGGCAGCAGCUACGCCUGCGUGUGCGCCCCCGGGUGGGCCGGCCGGAACUGCCGCGUCAACGUCAACGACUGCGUCCGCCACCGGUGCCAGAACGGAGCCACGUGUGUGGACGGCGUCCACGGCUACAGCUGCCUGUGUCCCGGAGGGUUCCGCGGAGCCUUCUGUGAGGAUGUCGUGGACGCCUGCGUGGGCCAUGGCUGCGCUCCUCACGGAGUGUGCGUGAACCACGGGUUCACGCACACCUGUCGCUGUGCGCCGGGGUUCCGAGGGCCGCUCUGCGACCAGGAGACGGACGAAUGUGGGAAUUCUCCGUGCGCCAACGGAGCGACGUGCGUGGACGGCGCGCUGAACUUCCUCUGUGUGUGUCCCCCUGGGUUCGAAGGUCGGUUUUGCUCUGAGAGUGUAAACCACUGCCGCUCCUGGCCUUGUGUCAACGGAGGGUCCUGUAGGAAUCUGCUGGAUGACUACAUGUGUCAGUGCCCCUUUGGUUUUGAAGGGAAAGAUUGUUCCGGGGAUGUGGACCUGUGCUCCCUGGCGAUCUGCCAGGAACACACUCUGAGAUGCACGGAAACCUGGGACGGACAGAAUGUCACUUGCAUCUGUGAGAAAGGCUUUGGCGGGCCGUUCUGUGAGGUAAACCUCGACGACUGUGAGUCCAGCCCCUGCCUCAACGAAGCUGUGUGUGUGGACGGUGUCGACCUGUAUCAGUGCUACUGCCCAGAGGGCUUUGGGGGGAUGAACUGUGAAAUCAACUAUGAUGAAUGUGACCAAGGAUUCUGUGCCAACAAUUCCACUUGCAUCGACCAGGUUGCAGGCUACGAAUGUGUCUGUCCAUCUGGGUUUGCUGGUGAAAACUGCUCCACGCCCGUCGCAGCGUGCGCCCCGGGGAAUGAUGUGUGCAGGAACGGCGGCACCUGCUACAGCUUCAGGGGAGAACCUCACUGUGCCUGCCCUCCAGGUCGAACAGGGCAGCACUGCGAGGUGAACGCUGACGGCUGUGAGGCCAAGCCCUGCGGCCCCCUCAGCGUCUGCCGGGACUCCCUCGACGGCUACACUUGUUUCUGCGCUCCCGGAUUUAUAGGCAGGAAGUGUGAGAUGGAGGUUGAUGAGUGCCUGAGUGUGCCGUGUCAGAACGGAGGGACCUGCUCCGACCAGCUGGACGCCUUCACCUGCACCUGCCCCCACGGGGUCUCAGGGGACUACUGUGAACUCAACGUGGACGAGUGUCUGUCCUCGCCCUGCCUGCACAGUGGCUCCUGCGUGGACCAGGCCAACAGCUACCAGUGUGUCUGUCUACCCGGCUUCACUGGCAGCUCCUGUGAAUGGGACACUGACGAAUGUGCGUCGUCUCCCUGUAAGAACGGAGGCUCCUGCAUUGACCAGCCCAGUCAUUACCACUGCCAAUGUGUGGCUCCAUUUAAAGGUCGUGACUGUGAGUUCCUCCCCUGUGAGGACAGUAACCCGUGUGAGAACGGCGCAGAGUGCCUGGAGGAGCGCGAUCAGGAGCGCUUCCCGCUGGGGUUCCGCUGCCAGUGUCGCCGUGGCUACGCCGGCCCCCGCUGCGAGGUCGACGUGGACGAGUGCAGCUCCAGCCCCUGCCUGCACGGCUUCUGCUACGACGUGGUGGACGGGUUCUACUGCCUGUGUAACCCAGGUUACGCCGGCGUGGCAUGUGAGCAGGACAUUGAUGACUGUGUCAAUAACAUGUGCUCCAACAACUCCACUUGUCUGGACCUGCACUUGAGGUACCGCUGCGUGUGUCUCCCAGGGUGGGAGGGGGAGUUCUGCCACGUGGAGACUGACGAGUGCUCCGCCCUGCCCUGCCUCAACAACGCCACCUGCAUCGACCUCCUCAACGGAUACAAGUGCGUGUGCCCCGUGGGCUGGACGGGCGAGGACUGCGGCGAGGACGUGGACGAGUGCGCCUCAGGGCCGUGUCUGAACGGGGCCCCGUGCUCCGAGUCCCCGGAGCCGGGCCUGUUCACCUGCAGCUGCCCUCCCCUGUACACGGGCCCACGCUGCGCCCAGCCCCUGGACCCCUGCCACCCGCGCCUCCAGCCCUGCCUGCACGGCUCAACCUGCCUGGCACGCCCCGACGGACAGGCCUCCUGCAGCUGUCCUGCUGGAUUUGAGGGAACUCGCUGUGAAAUUGACACCGACGAAUGUGCCUCCAUUCCGUGUCUGAACCAAGGCCUCUGUCUGGAUGGACUCAACAGCUACAGCUGCGACUGUAAACCGGGUUUUUCUGGUCUGGACUGUGAGGAUGACAUCAAUGAGUGUGCCUCCAGCCCCUGCCUGAACAGUGCCGUGUGCCAGGACCUGGAGAACAGGUUUCUCUGCAGCUGCCCCCCCGAGUACUUUGGGAGGCUGUGUGACCUGGAUGUGAAUGAGUGUGAGUCCUCCCCCUGCCUCCACCAGGGCGCUUGCAUCAACACGCCAGGAGGCUUCCAGUGUGCCUGUCACCCCGGCUUCACAGGUAGGUGGUGCGAGCGCGACGUGGACGAGUGUGCGUCGGCGCCGUGUCAGAACGGAGCCCGAUGCCUGGACGAGCCGGGCCUCUACCAGUGCGUCUGCCCAAACGGCUUCCUGGGGCCGCACUGCGAGACCAACAUGGACGACUGUGUGUCCAGGCCUUGCCUGCAUGGGAGUUGCCAUGACGGCGUGGGUUCCUUCGUCUGUGAGUGUGAGCCGGGAUGGGCCGGGCCCAGAUGUGACGCCAACGUAGACGAGUGUGUCUCCAGCCCGUGUCUCCACGGCGGCUCCUGUGUCGACCUGCUGGACAAGUACGCCUGCUUCUGCCUGGACGGCUACCGGGGCAGGCGCUGCGAGGAGGACGUGGACGUCUGCGUGGAGGCGCCCGGCCACGCCUCGGCGUGUUUCAACGGCGCCACCUGCGUCGACGGAGAGGGCUCCAACUUCACCUGCAGCUGUCCAGCAGGUUACAUGGGGGACUUCUGUGAGGUGAACAUCCAGGAGUGCUGCUCUGACCCCUGCCUGAACGGAGCCAUCUGCCAGGACCUGCUGGAUGGAUACCUCUGCCACUGCAGACCAGGUUGGACAGGCCUUCACUGCCAGGACGACGUUAACGAGUGCCUUCCCCAGCCGUGCGCCCAGGGGCUGUGUCUGCAGAACGAGCCUGGAUCCGGCUACACCUGUUUCUGUCGGCCCGGAUACGUGGGGAGGAACUGCGAGCACAACUACGACGACUGCCUGCUGGAUCCAUGUCCAGAGGGCUUUCGCUGUGUGGACGGCAUCAACCAGGCCCGGUGCCUCCCCAGGGGGCCAGGUGUCCCCUCGACCCCAGACCUCACCCCUCCUCCCUGGGGCUACACCCCUACGCCGCUGCCCCCCCUGCCCCCUGGCAGAGAAGCCAGCGCGGAGUCCACCCCCCCACCAGGGUCGGGCCUGCUCUGGUACACAGGCAGCUCCUACCUGGCGUUUGAGGGCCUGCAGGUGGGCGCUGAGAACAGCCUGGUGGUGAGGUUCCACACCAGCCGCACACAGGGGACCCUCCUCUAUGUGGACCAGGGCUCCAGCAGAGACCUCUUCUUCAUGAAGCUCUUCCUUCAGGACGGGAUGCUGCAGUACGCCUUCGCCUGCAGCCCGGAGGAAGGGGUCCGCCGCGUCAACACCUCCAUCCGCGUGGACGACGGGCGAGCCCACGUUGUUUACGUGAGACAAGGCCUGGCUCCAUGUGAAGCAGAAGUCACCGUGUCUGGGUACCAGGGGGUCCCAAGCAGGCAGAGCAACUACUGGUCUGGACUCGCCCUUCAGAGGACCAGUCAUCUCUUCGUAGGGGGCCUGCCUCACAGAUACCAGCCCUACCAGGGAGCAGAGCCUUUUCACAACUACACUGGCUGCAUUGAAAUAAUUGAAAUUAACAAACUGAAGGGGUUCUACACAUCCAAUGCCAUUGCCGGGAGCAACGUAGAAAACUGCAGACUGCUAGAUAAUGAUAUGUGUUGCUGUGAGCAGGGUGUUAAAGACUCCCACAGGUCUGGCUUUCCUACAAGUCCCUCUGACACCUCAACGUGGCCUCCCGUGGAGUUAAGUAGCCAGCCUGUCCAUCUCCCUGCUCCACGCCCCCUCCAGCCCCUCCAGCCCACCAGCCCCCCAGGCCCACUGAACCAGACUGUCUGGACAGUGCCGGCGCCCACUCAGCGGCCCCUUGGCUGCCACGGCAGCCUCUGCCUGAACGGCGGGACGUGUCGGGAGCCCGCCUGGGGGCAGCUGUCUAUCCGCUGUGACUGCCCGCUCCACUUCACUGGACGCCUCUGUGAGAAAGGACGCACGCUUCACCGUGGCGCCCCGCGGCCCGCCGAGUCCCGUCGCCGGGACGAUGACCUAGACGCCGCCAUCUUCCUCCCCUUCUUCAACGGCUCGUCUUAUCUGGAGGUGCCUCCCCCGGGGUCUCUGCUCCAGCGGGCCCUGGCCCCCGGCCAUCACACGACCCCCGGGGCGGCCAGCUCCUCUGGCUCCAGCGCUUAUCCUGCUCCCUCCAUCAAGACGGCCGCCGUGACCCUCUCGCUGGCCGUGAAGACUGGAGCCACCCAGGGCUCCCUCCUCUACACGCAGGAACAGAACCUCGGAGACCGCUUCCUCCACGUGUUCCUACAAGAUGGCCGCCUGGUGGCCAGACUGGGAUGUAGCGGUGCUCGCGUUCUUAAUGUGGCCACGGACCAGAGCAUCAACAUCAACAGGUUCAUCCCUGUCACAGUACGAUAUGGACUACCAGCGGGUAGGGAUGGAGGGUCGUGCGUGCUGGAGAUAGCCGUGGAGAACAGGACCGUGGGGCGCCAGGAAGACCUCCUGUCCCUUCCUGGGUCAGAGGCCUCGUUUGGCCCCAUGUUCCUGGGCGGUGUCCCUUCUAGCUGGGAGCUUCGUGACCACACCCAGGAGGUGAGGGGCCUGGUGGGAUGCCUGCGGGACCUCCAGGUGGACUCCAGGGAGGUGGACCUGGUGGGGGAGGCCUUGGGCGGGAGGAACAUCCAGAGCUGCGACCCUCCAGUCUGCCAGCAUCUGCCCUGCCGCAACGGAGGCACCUGUGUCAGUGAUGGCGAGGGCUGGUUGUGUGAGUGCCCCCUGCUGUACACGGGCCGGCUGUGUCAGCUGACGGCGUGUGAGAGGAGCCCCUGUGGCCGGGGGGCCACCUGCCUCCCCAAGGCCCCCCUGGAGGCUGUGUGCCUUUGCCCCUACGGACGACAGGGCCUGCUGUGUGAGGAAGCCAUCAACAUCACCCGCGCCCGCUUCGGCGGCAACGACCAGUUUGGCUCCACCUCCUUCAUGGCCUUCUCCCCCGUCCCCAGCCUCAGCGCCUUCUACGAGUUCCAGCUGAAGCUCACCUUCGCCAACAACGCCUUGGCCUGGAAGGACAACCUCAUCCUGUUCUCAGGGCAGAAAGGAGGAGGCGCCGAUGGAGAUGACUUCCUGGUUCUGGGAGUUCGUAAUGGGCGGGUUCUGCACAAGUUCAGCCUGGGCUCGGGCGUGGGGAACAUCAUCAGCGAUCCCCUGGACCGCCGCAUCGAUAUCCACACGGUGACCUUCGGACGGUGGAGGCGGACAGGGUGGCUGAAGGUGGACGGACAGAGGAACAGGACUGGCUCCUCCCCAGGGCCGCUGGUGGGCCUGAACGUGCUCAACCCCAUAUUUGUGGGAGGAUAUAACGAACACACCCCUGAACUGCUACCUGUGGGCUCCAGGUUCCGGAACGGCUUCCAAGGGUGUGUGUUCGACCUGCGCUUCCGGACUCGGAGGCAGGGGGCGCUGCGGACGCUGGGGGGGCUGGAGGGCCGGCCUGCCUUUGGACGCAGCGUGGGCCAGUGUGGCGUCACGCCCUGCACCCUGGUCACCUGCCGGAACGGAGGCACCUGCGUGGACUCUGGAUCAACCGUCUACUGCCAGUGUCCACCAGCGUGGAAGGGAGCCCUCUGUUCAGACACGGUGUCGGUGUGUGACGCUGAGCACAGCCCGCCUCCUCUCUGUGCCCCUGGCUCCACCUGCAUCCCCCUGCUGAGGGGCUACACCUGCCAGUGUCCGCUGGGCGCGGCCGGCCUGUACUGCCAGCAAGCGGUGGCCAUCAGCGACCCAUACUUCAGUGGGAACCUGUCCUCGUGGAUGUCCUUCCUUGGCCCCAACAUCCGACACAGGACCGCCCUGCAGCUGCAGUUCCAGACCUUGUCCCCAGAGGGCGUCCUCUUCUACGCGGCACAGCACCUCGCUGCCAGAUCAGGGGACUUCCUGUGUCUCUCUCUGGCGUCAGGUUUCCUGCAGCUGCGCUACAACCUGGGAGACGGCACCGUGGUCCUCCAGGCUCCCCGGAGGGUGGACACCAGCGGCCGCACCUGGCACAGCGCGCGGGCCGGCCGGGACGGCCAGCGCGGAUUCCUGGUCCUGGACGGCUCCGAAGCGCCGCCGACUGUCGGCACGCCGGCUGCCAUGACCACGCUGGACGUGGCCCCAGAGAUGUUCAUCGGGGGCGUGUCCUCCCUGAGCAUGGUGGCCAACGAGGCGGUGGAGGCGGGGCCUGUGGGCUUCACGGGCGGGAUCCGGGAGGCGGUGGUGAACGGGGUGGAGCUGGAGCUGACUGAGGCCGGGGCGCUGGGCGGGGCCAACGUGGGGGACUGGGACGGCACGGCGUGCGGGUACAAGGUGUGCCGGAACGGGGGCCGCUGCCGGCCCCUCGGGGGCCAAGCCUUCCUGUGCGCCUGCCCCCCCGCCUGGACCGGCCCGCUGUGCAACCAGUCCGUCAGCUGCCUCGACCACGUGUGCCACCACGGGGCCCUGUGUGUCCCGGCUGCCCUGCCUCCCUCCUACCUCUGCCUCUGCCCGCUCGGGAGGCAAGGCGAGCACUGCGAGGAGGCAGUGGCCCUGACCGCCCUCCGCUUCGUCGGUCGCUCCUACGUCAGGCACAGCGACCCCAAGUUCAGCACCCGGAACCUGAGGCUCACACGGCUGGCGUUCAACUUCUCGGCGGGCGCCGGCGACGGGCUGAUGGCGUGGAUGGGGAGGGCGGAGCACGAGGACGACGACUACCUGGCCGUGGGGCUCCAGGGGGGGCAGCUGAAGGUGGCGGUGAACCUGGGGGAGCGGCUGUGGCCCCCCCAGGCGGUGGGCGGCGCGGGGCUGUGCUGCGGACGCUGGCACGCCGUCUCCCUGGAGCUCAGCGGCACGGUGCUGGAGGUGCGGCUGGACGGGGACGGGGUUCUCCUCCAGGACGUGGACCCGUUCGAGCGCUACGUGGCGCUCAACCACGGCGGCGUGGUCUACCUGGGAGGGUUCGAGCUCCACAGGGAUGUGACGGAGGUUAGCGGCGGCCUGUUCAGCAGCAGGUUCGUAGGAACGCUGAAAGAUGUCCACCUGUACCAGGAGCCCAGACCCCUGCAGUUUGUUCAGAACAGUGAAGGUUUUAAUGUUUUCAAAGGUAAUGAAUAGCAGAGUU